AUGAUGUCUGAUCAGUUUAGAAAGGUAGAACCCUAUUCACCGAAAUCUUCGCCGCGAGGAGCGAGGUCACCAGUGGUUUCCCGUCAAGAUUCCUCUGGUACCCUCAAGACAACCAUCUCGCUUGGCAAGAAUCCUUCCAUUGUGCACAGUGGACCCUUCUAUUUGAUGAAGGAACCACCUGGAGAAUGUGAACUCACGGGAGCUACGAAUUUAAUGGCGUACUAUGGUCUGGAGCAUUCAUAUAGUAAAUUCAACGGAAAAAAACUAAAGGAAUCCUUAUCUUCCUUUCUGCCCAAUUUACCUGGUAUAGUAGAUGGUCCAGGUCAGGAAGAUAAUAGUACUUUGGCCUCCGUGAUAGCUAAAAGACCGAUCGGAGGCAAAGAACUGCUUCCACUGACUAGUUCUCAGCUGGCCGGCUUUAGAUUGCAUCCUGGACCUCUUCCCGAGCAAUACCGUUACAUCAGUGCAACUCCACCCAAGAGACAUAAAAGCAAGCACAAGAAACACAAACACAAGGACGGAGCGCCUCCCGGACAAGACACACCUCUACAAGAUUCAUCUAAUCCCGACACAUAUGAGAAGAAACACAAAAAGCAGAAGCGGCAUGACGACGAUAAGGAAAGGAAAAAGAGGAAAAAGGAAAAGAAACGGAAAAAACAGAAACACAGUCCUGAGCACGGAGGACUCACACCCAACCAGCAUCCUGUACCUUAG